AUGCAAAGGGGUAUUAUCGCCAUCUUGGGGCUUGUCAUAUUUGGCAUGGCUGUGAUAGGAACCAUAACCUCCAGCUUCGUAGAGAUAGACAGUGAUCCAGUUAGUGAAGUAAGCAUUGACAAAGCACCAAGUGAUUCUUUACGAUUAAUUGUUGUUGGAGACACUGGAGGAUUACCGGUCUAUCCAUACUUCUCGUAUGCGCAAAAGAGAGUUGCCAAAGCUAUGGAGAAGGUAGCGGAGAGUAAAAAGGUCCAGUAUGUGAUCAAUGUCGGUGAUAACAUCUACUUUACUGGAGUGGAGAACGAAUAUGAUCCGCGUUUUCUUGUAAGUUUUGAACCAAUAAUUUGGAAACAAUCUACCGUACUCGUCUUGUUCACCUGCCUUACGGUGAAGUAAGG